UUCUAGCAGUGAAAUAAAACUGAACUUAAAUGUAUUUGUUCAGUAAGUUGCGUUCGUUGUCUCAAGGUAUAAUCAUGACAAGUGUUCAAAUUAUAUGUGUUGUUUUAUUUUGUGGGUACUUUCUAGGAGUUGCAAAUUGUGAUGGAAAUAACCUUUCUCCCGAUGUAAUAAGGCUUGAGACAGCGAACGCAAUUCACCUGUCGCCUGAUAAUUUACUGGUUAUCCCAUCAGAGUCAGUGGUAGUGGAACUGAAUGUAUACUCAGGAAGGGAUGAUCCUUAUAUCCAGAUGCCCAGGGCUCAGGUCCAUCGCAUGCUGCAAUCCAGCCUUGGAUGGAGGAAUCCUGGUGAUAUAAUUCCUGGGUUAGGGUAUCAAGGCUUCACGGUAUACAACUAUGACCAGAAUCCAGUAUUUAUCGCUUGCGGAUCUGACAUCGGAGUAGAAACUGGACUAUUGGAAAGGCUUAGUUUUGGACUUGAUAGAGAACUUCAACAAUUUGUGCGAUCAAAGAUUCAGACAGAAUGGGCUCAACGACAUAAUCAUCGUCGACGUCAUGGAAUGCCGCAUCAUGGAUUUAUGUGUCCCAGACCACCAUCAACAACUAAAUAUGAGCCCCAUAUUUGGAACAACCGCACAUUUGUAAAAAGACGCAAUAACUGUUACAACUAUGCCAGCAAUAUAAUUACCAACACAUUUGCCCAGCCAGGAAGAGCCAACAAACACAAUAUAACCAGAAACCCGCCCGAGAUGUACGGGCAAUCUGUUCACUACGGAACAAUGGUGGAUGGUUUAACUCCCUUACCUGCGAAUUCUCGAUGUCUUCCUAACGCUGGGUUGAACUUGGUUGCUUUAGUUAUUUGGCCUGGGCGAGACUAUCAUUUUUACCGCUUGGACAAUAACGGAAUGUGGUCUCACAAACCCGGUAGAACUCCCGCUAGAAAUGUAGACAAUUCUAACAACUUUAUAUUGGACCCCCGAAUAGCUGACGUCGGACCAUAUACUGUAUUUCAGGGCUUUUUUCUAACGAAUGUUUUUGAUGUUCGUCAUAUUAUGUAAAAGGAAACAAUCAACGAAAGGUUCUUCGAAUAUGUCUCAUAUUUUGAAAAUCAAAGUAAAAUGUGCAAGGCAUUUAAAUUUGUUUCAUAUACUGUUUGAUAAGAUAUAUAUAUCCGGAUCAGAAUGUUAACUGAUUAUUAAACAUGCAAGUGACGCAUAUGACAUUUCUGUGUAUUAAACAUGAUUUAUGUUAAUGUA